AUGGAUAAUGACGAUCUGUUUGACGUCUUCGAUGAAAAGUCAGCCGAGCUGCCUAACUUGGAACAGGCUUCAACUGAAACUGAAAACAAUAAGGUUGUAAAUCCCAGUGCAAAUGACAUAGACGGCAAUGAGCAUAAGAAACGUCCUCUCGACCGUUCAGACGAUGAUGCAUCUAAUCCGGAAGCUGUUGAGGAGACUUUGCCAACGAGGGAAGUUGCCAAAAGGGCUAAGGGCGGUAAAAAAUUACUGGAUAAGAAGAAAAAGUCUGACGUUAUUCCUGUUGUGGCAGACUCCUUUGAGCAAGAAGCGUCUCGUGAAGUCAAAGCUUCUAAUGGAUUAAGUGCUGAUGAUGCAGCCCAGAUCGAGGAGGACGGAAAAGUCAAGCUUUCGCAUCAAGUGAGACAUCAAGUUGCGCUUCCUCCUCACUACAAUUAUUUACCAAUUGGUGAGCAUAAACGUCAGAACGAAGCAAGGACAUACCCCUUCACUUUGGAUCCUUUUCAGGACACUGCCAUUUCUUGCAUAGAUAGAGGAGAAUCUGUUUUGGUCUCGGCGCAUACUUCCGCUGGUAAAACAGUGGUGGCAGAAUAUGCAAUUGCACAGUCAAUGAGAGAAAAACAGAGAGUCAUUUACACUUCUCCGAUCAAAGCUUUAUCAAAUCAAAAGUACAGAGAACUGCUGGCUGAUUUUGGCGAUGUUGGUCUUAUGACUGGUGAUAUCACUAUUAAUCCUGAUGCUGGGUGUUUAGUCAUGACCACCGAAAUCUUAAGAAGUAUGCUUUACAGAGGUAGCGAAGUUAUGAGAGAAGUAGCUUGGGUUGUGUUCGAUGAAGUGCACUAUAUGAGAGACAAAGAGCGGGGUGUGGUUUGGGAAGAAACUAUUAUCUUGCUACCGGAUAAGGUCAGAUACGUCUUCUUGUCCGCAACAAUUCCGAACGCAAUGGAGUUCGCAGAGUGGAUUUGUAAAAUACACUCUCAACCUUGUCACAUUGUUUACACCGAUUUUCGUCCGACGCCAUUACAACAUUAUUUGUUUCCGGCUCAUGGUGAUGGUAUUCAUCUGGUUGUGGACGAGAAGAGCACUUUUAGGGAGGAAAAUUUUCAGAAGGCGAUGGCGUCCAUCAGCAACCAAAUAGGUGACAGCUCGGGCUCCUCUAAUUCAAGGGGGAAGAAGGGCCAAACUUUCAAAGGAGGUGCGUCAAAAGGUGACUCCAAAGGUGACAUUUAUAAGAUCGUCAGAAUGAUUUGGAAGAAAAAAUACAAUCCUGUUAUUGUGUUUUCUUUCAGCAAAAGAGAUUGUGAAGAGCUAGCUUUGAAAAUGUCCAAACUUGAUUUCAACUCAGAGGAUGAGAAAGAAGCCCUUACAAAAAUCUUUACUAAUGCCAUUGAUUUACUUCCGGAAGUUGACCGAGAAUUACCCCAAAUCAAACAUAUUUUGCCACUUUUAAGAAGAGGUAUUGGUAUUCAUCACUCUGGGCUGCUUCCGAUUUUGAAAGAGGUGAUCGAAAUUUUGUUUCAAGAAGGGUUUCUAAAAGUAUUAUUUGCAACAGAAACAUUUUCUAUUGGGCUAAAUAUGCCUGCAAAGACUGUUGUAUUUACCAGUGUUAGAAAGUGGGACGGGAAACAAUUUCGCUGGGUCUCUGGGGGAGAAUACAUUCAGAUGUCAGGACGUGCCGGUCGUCGUGGUUUAGACGACCGUGGUAUAGUUAUCAUGAUGAUUGAUGAGAAAAUGGAGCCUCAAGUAGCCAAAGGCAUGGUGAAAGGCCAGGCAGAUAGGCUGGAUUCUGCAUUUCACCUGGGAUACAACAUGAUUUUGAAUCUAAUGAGAGUAGAAGGAAUUUCUCCCGAGUUUAUGUUGGAACAUUCUUUCUUUCAGUUUCAGAAUGUCACAUCUGUUCCGAUUAUGGAGAAGAAGCUAAACGAGUUGACACAAAAAUCUGAACUAAUUGUUAUAGAAGACGAACAAAAUAUCAAGGACUAUUACGAAAUUCAAAAGACCUUGGAUGGAUACGCUAAUGAUAUUUGCCAUAUUCUUACACACCCCGCCAACAUUUUGAGCUUUCUUCAGCCCGGAAGACUCUUAGAGGUGAACGUCGGCGGCAAAUAUGACUACGGAUGGGCGGCAGUGGUUGACUUCGCCAAGCGUACUAAUAAACGUGAUCCCUCCGCCACUUACACCGAUCAUGAAUCAUAUAUCGUCAAUGUUGUUGUCAAUACGAUGUACGCUGAUGCCCCAGUAAACCUAAUAAAGCCAUUUAACCCAAGCUUUCCAGAGGGCAUUAGGCCUGCUAGAGCCGGCGAAAAAUCAAUAUCUGCCAUUCUUCCCAUCACAUUAGCUUCGAUUAGAAAUGUGGGAAACUUGAGACUCUACAUGCCAAACGAUAUUCGCGCAAGUAGCCAACGGGACGUCGUGGGCAAGUCUUUAAAAGAAGUAAAAAGAAGGUUCCCGGAAGCCGUACCACUUAUUGAUCCUGUGAAAAACAUGAAAAUUGAAGACGAAGAGUUUAAGAAACUAUUGCAAAAGAGCGAAGUCUUGAAGUCUAAGCAGGCCUCAAAUCCAUUAGCUGGCUCGGUCAAACUUGACGACCUUUACAGCAAAUACAGCGAAAAGGUUACCGUGAACAACGAAAUAAAGCAAUUGACAAGGCAAAUCAACGAAGCUCAAGCUGUAAUUCAGCUAGAUGACCUACGCCGUCGUAAAAGAGUUCUUCGUCGCCUUGCUUUCUCCACGCAGAAUGAUGUUAUAGAACUAAAAGGAAGAGUCGCUUGCGAAAUUUCCAGUGGUGAUGAGUUGCUCCUUACAGAACUUAUUUUUAAUGGUAAUUUUAACGACUUGACCCCUGAGCAAUGCGCUGCUUUACUGUCCUGUUUCGCGUUCCAAGAACGGUGCAAAGAAGCUCCAAGACUAAAACCAGAAUUAGCAGAACCUCUGAAGAAUAUGAGAGAAGUAGCUGCAAAAAUUGCAAAAAUAGUGAAAGACUCAAAGAUUGAGAUUGUCGAGAAGGAUUACGUUGAAAGCUUUAGACAUGAACUCAUGGAGGUAGUUUUCGAAUGGUGUAAGGGUGCAACCUUCACUCAAAUUUGUAAAAUGACGGAUGUUUAUGAAGGUUCAUUGAUAAGAAUGUUCAAACGCUUAGAAGAACUCAUAAAAGAACUUGUAGACGUUGCAAAUACUAUUGGUAACGCAAUGCUCAGGGAAAAAAUGGAGGCCGCCUCGAAAUUAAUCCAUAGAGAUAUCGUGUCUGCUGGUUCGUUGUACUUAUGA